AUGCUCAACGGAUGCAGUCUCGACAGGGACCAACCUGCGCAAAUAUCUCACGAGGUUCGGAGCACCGAGGGUUCGAUCGAGAUGGAUGUACCUGAAGCAGGAGCGCAUAGUAGUCACAACAUUCCGCAGUCUUCCUCACGGAGUUUCAAGAGUCGACCCCUAAACGGAGUUGGCACGCCUCAGGGAAAUCUUCACAAAUGGGAAGCCUCUCCGCAACCUCCCCAGGGCGUAGAAGACCUCCAAAGCACGAACAAAAUGUGCGCGUCUCAAGUAGAAUCCCCCAGGGACGACGGCAGUUCAAGCAGUUUCCUCGACGCCUUCACCGCUCGGUGUUUUGGGGAAGCGCGCAUAUCGGAGGCAGACCCCGAUAGUGAUUUUGAAUUUCAGUUUGAUACGGACGACGAACAUGACAAGCCAACUCCCCCUGCUGACGAUGCACCCACAAAGUCCACAACACCGCCACAGCAGCAUCAACAAAGGACCUCAGAUGGGCCCCAAAUGGGCUAUCAAACAAACACAAUCGCAGAGACUGAUAGUGCCGCCAAUAAAAGCUGGACUACAGAAGCCGUCGACCCCCUUCAUAUUGGAACCCAAGAGACUUCACUACCUGCUGCCGGCUCGCAAACAAUCAUUCAGGACAAACAGCAACAGGCGCCCCAGCAGAAGGCUGUUCCAAGUGGCGUAUUACACACUUCAAUAAUUGGAAGCAACAGGUCUCAGCAGUGUAUCCCUUUUGAGAAUACAGGAUUCUUCGACUUGUCGGGAAUCUUGGUCCCAAAAGGUGAACCGGACUUCGGCGAGAAUCUCUCAAGGGAGAGAGCAGAAAGUAUUGACAAUGUUUGGUUCCCUGUGACGCCUCACAAGAAUGAAAGGCCGGGACGUCAAAGGCAGGAGGGCGUUUCAAGUACAGACAGCCUUUCAGCUCACUGUCUCCAAGGUCAGACUGCGAUUGACAAACAGACAUUGAUGCCUUCUGUCAAGGCACAAAUCGCUACUCCAUUCCACUUCUCAAAACCUGCAGGGGCUGCAAGUGGAUCUGCUGAUUCCGAUGUCUCUUUAGCAACGGUCUCAGAGAAACCUCCCUCAUUUUCAUUCUCUGGCACUGCAGCAAGGGACGCAGACACCAAUUUACAAGACUCCAAUACACAGGCGGGUGCCUGUCUAAAGAAACAUAUCUUCUCAUCGUCAGCAGGUCCCUUGUCCCAGACCCCCACCUUAAUGACUGAUUCACAUAUUACUAUGUUGUCGUCUUCACGGGCCCCUUCUAACGAUCUACCAAGCUCUUUGGAAGUGACGCAGGGGAGCAGCGCUCACCUCGUACAACCUGCGGUUCCCAAGCCCCCCCAAAUUGCGACGCACACUCCACAACGCUACGCCAGACCAACGCAUCGCUCACUGUUCACAUUCACUGAAAGUGACAAGCCACUCGGCCUGCUGUUCGCCAUGGAACUUGCUCGUUCUAACCAUAAUAUUUCACAGCAAGUUCACGUGGCUUCUACUGCACGUCGAAACGCUUCGUCGGAUGUCCUGUCAUCAUUGUGGCUUGGCGACGACCCUGUACUAGAGUUAGUACGCAAGGCUCCGUUUGCUCACAUUGGCUCGCACAUCCUUGCGGAGAGCUCGAAACUUUCCGCUAUGCUGCAGGGAAAUACUUCUGAGAUCCCAUCAACUCGGGAGGAAGCUGUGUGUAUGGCUCACGAAUUGCCGGCAGCUGGCAUUAACCAACUGCCAAUGGGGGAUCCUCAGGAAGAACGACAAUCGCCAAUACAUGCUACGGCCGGUGGCAUUCACAUCCUACGCGACAACAACACAAAUGACACUAAGAUGCGCUAUACGGAGAUGACUCCGAUAGGCAACAUGACAUCUCAUAUAUCGCACACCCACCGAAAACGAGAUUUCCAGGACACCUAA